UAUAAUUUUUUGCAGAAAGGUGCAUACGAUGUAAUGCUUUUGUUACUUGUUUGAGUGAGUGUGUUAGUUUCAUACGAUGUCCAACAACAGCAGCAACAAGAAGCGCCGCCAUGUUCCGCCGACAGCAACCGAAACCGUUUUCCGCAUCAUGUGUCCGGUGGCAAAGACGGCGGAGUUAACGGGGCUCGGUGGUGGUGGAGCUAAGAUUCUCGUCGAUGAAUUUGGCGAAGACCGCAUCAUUGUUAUUGUGGGCACUGGCGAACAAGGUAGCAAUGGCGGUGAUGAGUCGCCGUCGCAACUUGCUUUGAUUAGGGUUUUUGAGAGAAUGGUUGAGGAGGAAGUUAAGAGUUCGAAUUUGACGGUUAAUUGUAGGUUGGUGGCGCCGAGUUAUCAGGUUGGGUGUGUGCUUGGAAGAGGAGGUAAGAUUGUGGAGAAGAUUAGGCAAGAGAGUGGGGCCCAAGUUAGGGUUUUGCCAAAGGAUCAACCUCCUCUUCCUCCUCAUGGAGAUGAGUUCAUUCAGAUAACUGGAAACUUUAGUGCAGCAAAAAAAGCGCUCCUCUGUGUUUCAAGUUGUCUUCAGGAUUAUGCAAGGGUGGAUUCUGGGCCUGGGGUGCUCCAUGGAACGGGGGCACCUGCUCAGGUUGAACCUUAUCCCCAACGGGGUUAUGCAUCUGGUUCUGGCACAUAUGCUUCUUCUGAUCAUCAUUCAAGAGGUUAUGCUUCUUUUCCUGGUCCUGAAAGUGCAGGACCUGCUCAUAGAAUGCUUGCUGAAGAGGAGGUUGUCUUUAAGCUAUUAUGUCAACAUGAUAAAGUUGGUAGUCUUAUUGGGAAAGGUGGUUCCAUAGUGCGGGCACUGCAAAGCGAAACUGGUGCAUCUAUCCAAAUUGUUGAUGCUGGACCUGAUUCAGAUGAGCGUGUGGUUGUGAUAUCCGCGCGAGAGAAUCCAGAGCAAAAGCAUUCUCCUGCACAAGAAGCUGUUAUUCGUGUUCAUAGUCGACUUACAGAGAUUGGAUUCGAACCAAAUGCAGCAGUUGUUGCUAGACUUCUUGUGCGUUCACCACAGGUAGGCUGCCUCUUGGGCAAGGGUGGUCUUGUUAUCUCUGAAAUGCGAAGAGCCACAGGUGCUAAUAUACGAAUCUUUUCAAAGGAACAGAUUAAGUAUAUUUCCCAAAAUGAAGAAGUUGUACAGGUUAUUGGGACCUUACAAUCUGUGCAAGAUGCUUUGUUUCACAUAACCAGCAGAAUUCGAGAAACCAUUUUCCCAAUAAAGCCCCCUCCAAAUUUUAGUGCACCACCACAUUUGCCACAAUUUUCAGAAAUGCCUCCUCCUUUAUAUAGGCCAAGAAAUCACUUGAUGUCCUCUGGCCACCCUCCUCCUCAAGUUGGGCCUCAUGGGAUUGACCAUUCACCUAUUCCCUCAAUGCCUGUCGAUCAGCAUCCAUUUACACAUAGUAUGGGUCGUGGUAUGCCAAACAUGGAUCGAGUUCCCUAUCCUCGUGGGUAUGAAGGACCAAAUUCUCCAAGAUCAUGGAAUCCUCAGGCAGUUAACAGAGGAAAUCCAGGUGGAACAGCUGAUAAUUCUAGUUUGGCUUCAAGAAAUGGGACUCCUGGAAAUAAUGGAAACUCAUUGCAGAAUCCAAAUAGCUCAACUGUUGAGAUCACCAUCCCAAGUAUUUAUUUAACCCACGUGUAUGGGGAUAACAAUAGCAACCUAAAUGAGAUUCGACAGUUCUCUGGUGCAAGCGUGGUGGUUAAUGAUCCAAAACCUGGGGCCACUGAAGGUCUUGUGAUUGUGUCUGGAGCACCAAAUCAAAUUCACAUGGCUCAGAGCCUGGUUCAUGCUUUCAUUUUAAUUGGGCAGCCUAAAGCUUGAAACUACAGGGACAAGAGGAAAUCUAAAAGCUGUUUUAGUGACUAUGCAAAAAAGUCUUGUUAUUCUUGCUCCCAUCAUCAGGGUUUAAGGAUAAAUUUAUGUCAAGGUUGUCGUUCUAUUAUUGAUUCUUUCUAGCGAUAGUCUUCAUGGUUUUAUUGCUGAUUCCAUUUAUUCUUCUUGUCACAUUUAGGGAAAGAUUGUUGAAAAGUAGCAAUAAAAG